AUGGACAGUAAAGAGUUCCGACGCCGCGGUACCGAGAUGGUCGAGUACAUCUGCAACUAUCUGGAAACGCUUGAGCAGCGGCGGGUGACGCCGUGCGUGGAACCGGGCUACCUGCGGCAUCAGCUGCCGGAUGAGGCACCGGAGGAACCGGAACCGUGGGAAAAGAUCAUGCAGGACGUGGAGGAUAAGAUUAUGCCCGGUGUUACGCACUGGCAGCAUCCGCGCUUCCACGCGUACUUUCCGUCCGGGAACUCGUUCCCCUCGAUACUGGGUGACAUGCUGAGCGAUGGGAUCGGCUGUAUUGGGUUUUCCUGGGCGGCCAGCCCGGCCUGUACCGAGCUGGAGACGAUCGUGCUUGAUUGGUUGGGUAAAGCCAUUGGGCUACCGGAUUCCUUUCUUGCCCUCAAACCAGGCAGCCGAGGUGGUGGCGUUAUACAGACGUCCGCGUCCGAGUGCGUGCUGGUAACAAUGUUGGCCGCCCGGGCCCAGGCCAUCAAGUAUCUCAAGCAGCAGCACCCGUUCGUCGAGGAGGGCCACCUGUUGUCCAAGCUGAUGGCUUACUGCUCGAAGGAGGCGCACAGCUGCGUGGAAAAGGCGGCCAUGAUCAGCUUCGUGAAGCUGCGCAUCCUCGAGCCGGACGAAAAGUGUUGCCUCCGGGCGGACACGCUGAUAAAGGCGAUGGAGGAAGACGAACAGCAAGGUUUGAUACCGUUCUUCGUAUCGACCACGCUCGGCACAACUGGUUCGUGCGCGUUCGACGAUCUGGCCGAGAUCGGCGAGGCACUGCAACGGUUCCCAAGCGUUUGGCUGCACGUCGAUGCCGCCUACGCCGGCAAUGCGUUCAUCUGCCCGGAGCUCAAGUACCUGCUGAAGGGCAUCCAGUACGCGGAUUCGUUCAACACCAACCCGAACAAAUGGCUGCUGACGAAUUUCGACUGCUCGACGCUCUGGGUGCGCGAUCGCAUCCGCCUGACGUCGGCGCUGGUCGUCGAUCCGCUGUACCUGCAGCACGGCUACACCGAUUCCGCGAUCGACUACCGGCACUGGGGCGUCCCGUUGAGCCGCCGGUUUCGCUCGCUCAAGCUGUGGUUCGUACUGCGCAGCUACGGCAUAUCCGGGCUGCAGUCAUACAUCCGCCACCACAUCGAGCUGGCGAAGCGGUUCGAGGCGCUGGUGCUGAGGGAUAAUCGGUUCGAGGUGUGUAACGACGUCAGGCUCGGGUUGGUGUGCUUCCGGCUGAAGGGAACGGAUCGGAUCAACGAGAAGCUGCUCAGCAGUAUCAAUGCGUCGGGCAAGCUGCACAUGGUGCCGGCAUCCGUCAACGAUACGUACGUCAUACGGUUCUGUGCCGUUGCGCAGAAUGCUAAGCUGGAGGACAUUGAUUACGCGUGGGACGUCAUAACGGACUUCGCCUCGGAAAUACUGGAAAAGGAACAGGCGGACGAAGUCAGCGAGAUCGUCGACCGGCGCAAGACACACACGCUCGCCCAAAAGCGUUCAUUCUUCGUACGCAUGGUUAGCGAUCCGAAGAUCUACAAUCCGGCCAUCAACAAGGCCCAGACACCGCAUCGUAUGUCCACCGAGCUAACGUCACCCGGGCACGAUGGUACAGUGGUCACUGUACAGUCACCCAAGACUCCCGGUUCUGCAACUUGGAUUAGUUGGCCAUUGGCAUUCCUGUUCGCAUCCGCCGAUGAUGGUACGAAAAAUGAUGUCACACUGAGAUUCCGCCACCUUGACACCAUGAUGCGGCUAUCGGCUUCGCGCCGCAACUCCGCCACCGGCGGUUCGUCUCCAUCGCCCGAAGGCGAAAAUGGCAUCACCCUGCUGAAGUCGCCCAAAAAAUCCCCAAUCCUAUUGCGCAAACGGGGCACAUCGCCGAAUCCACCGGCGGCAGGCACGAACAAUGGUUCCACCAAGUAA